CAACACUAUCGGUUAAAUGGCCAGAAACAACCAGAAGUGAGACCCAAGCCCGAGAAGUGAGACCAAAAGCUGUUUUUCUGUGGUCCCCGCGUCGUAGGAAGGACGCCAAUUCGAAAGGAUUGUCCAGCGUCCGAAAAAGGUCACCACGAGCAGAUCUGCGGGAAACUUUACGACAGUUUUUGUCUGCAAAUCGUCCGAUCGAACGCAUAAAAAUAAGCAGGUGAAUAGUACAUAAAAUGGGCAAGAUAUCUCGUAAGGUGAAGGCGAAGGUUGCUAAAAUUAGACACGAAACUUCUAAAGCCACAGCAACUUCUCCGCCUGAGCGAAGAAUGUCGUGGUGGAAACAAGCGCGCGCCAAGUGGCUCUCCUUCCUGCGCCGACUGGUUGACCUGCUCAGCGGUAUCCUCUUCAGGGCCACCUACGCCAUCAAGGGCAGGACUGCCAUGCCGCCCAUCAAGAAUUUGCUUCUCCUGGAACCGGCGACAUCGAUAGCCGCGAAAAUCAGAUCGCGGAAGCUGACAAGUGAAGAGGUGGUGAAGGCUUUUAUCAAUCGGAUCGAAGAAAUCAAUCCCGUUUUGAAUUGUGUCGUGGACCAUCGCUUUGAGGAGGCCCUGGAGGAGGCAAGGGCUGUGGACCGAAUGCUCGCAACAACAAAGAAGACGCCGGAGGAAAUCCUGAAAGAGACCCCUUUUCUGGGAGUACCUUUUUCAACCAAAGACGCCAUCAUGGUUGAAGGAAUGAGUUUUACCGCUGGACUGCAUUGCCGGAAACACAUCAGAGGUUCUGAAGAUGCUGAGACUGUGGCGCGUUUGAGGAAGGCAGGAGCAAUUCCUCUUGCCAUCACAAACACCUCCGAGGUGUGCAUGUGGUGGGAGAGCCACAAUCGGGUGCACGGCCGCACCAACAACCCUUACGACACAAGCAGAAUUGUCGGAGGCUCAUCAGGUGGAGAAGCCUGCAUCCAGGCUGCAGCAGGAACUCCAAUGGGUCUUGGCUCUGACAUUGGGGGUUCGAUUCGCAUGCCUUGCUUCUUCAAUGGAAUUUUCGGCCACAAACCCACAAGAGGCACAAUUUCUAAUCACGGAGAGUGGCCAGUGGCCUCCGAAACUCACGAGACUUACCUCGGCACAGGGCCUAUGUGCAAGUUUGCCACCGAUUUGCUGCCCAUGGUUAAAGUUCUGGCCCACCGUGAUUUACAAUUGGACAGGAAGGUUGAGCUCAGACGCCUUCGCAUUUAUUACAUGGAAGACGACGGUGGAAAUCCACAUGUUAGUCCAGUCGACGCUGAAAUCAAACAGAGCAUGCGGAAAGUCCUCGACUACCUCGCACAAGCCCACGGUCUCAAGCCCACAAAGAUUGACUUGCCAAGGUUACGACGAGCUGUUUCCAUUUGGUUGGCCAAAAUGAACAUUGUCGGAACUCCUGACUUUUGCCAGCAAUUAGCAAAUUGCGAGGGUUCGAUCAAUUUGGGAUGGGAACUCAUGAAGUGGACAGUUGGACAGUCGAAUCACACAUUCAUUGCUCUAAUGACUGCCUUGACUGAGAAAAUGGGCGUGCAGCCUGGAACCCCCGGCUACGAUCGCCUCUUCUCCAUGUGCCAAGAGCUGCACGACGAAAUGCAAGCCCUCCUAGGAGAGGAGGGUGUUUUUUUCUACCCCACUCAUCCGACGCCUGCACCGUACCACAACGAACCCGUCUUGCGGCCAUUCAACUUUUCUUACACUGCCAUUAUUAACGUUCUCGGCUUUCCAGCCACAGCAAUUCCUCUGGGUCUUUCCUCCAACGGCCUUCCUAUCGGCCUGCAGGUGGUUGGUGGCCUCCACCAAGACAGACUCACUCUGGCCAUGGCUGUUGAGCUGGAAAAAGCCUUCGGUGGCUGGGUUCCACCGAAAAUCGAAGUUUAAUCGAGAUUCAGACGAUGAGCUCUUAUUCAAAUGUCAAUUUUUUGCUUUUUGGUGUACGUUGGCAACUGGAUUGCUUUUUGUACCAAUGGAACCACUUCUAAGCUCUGCAAAAAUUUUAUCCUUUUAGAUAUUGUGUGGAAACUCCUCUGUGGGUCUCUCAAAUGUGUGGCUUAAUCGUUCAUGCUUCGUGUUCUUGAGAAGUUUUCAGAAAUCUUUUUUAGUCGUUUCAGUGAUUUACGUUAGGUUGAUGCCGAGACUGUGAGAUAAAUAUGUUAUAAAAUGUAUGCUGGUGCAUUUAUAGUAUUGGCGCCACUGAGGUGCCAAUUGCGACGACUCAUAUGAUCGAUUGAGGCAACGACAGUCUUCAUUCGUUCUCUUAAUCACUUGAUAUUUAUUAAUUAUACAUCACACUUUGAAAUGUUAUAUAACUAUUAUAAUGUUCCAUAAUGAUAAUUAUAUGAAAAUUCUAUUGUCUUUAUAUUUGUAAAAACGUUCAAUAUACACUAUGACAUUUCAUAAAAAAUAAUACAACGCCAAAUUAUACACACACUUA